AUGAAGCACACUAAUUACUAUGAUGUUCUCGGUGUUGAAACGAGCGCCUCUGAAAGUGAAAUCAAAAAGGCAUACCGCAAGUUAGCAAUGAAAUAUCAUCCCGAUAAAAAUCCGGAUGAGAAGGCAUCUGAAAAAUUUAAAGAGAUUAGUCAUGCAUAUGAUGUUUUGAGUGAUCAAGAGAAACGUGAAUUAUAUGAUCAAUAUGGUGAGGAGGGAUUAUCUGGUGGAGGGGGUUCGAAUAUGUCACCCGAAGAAUUAUUUGCAAGCUUUUUCAGUUUUGGCGGAAUGGGAGGUGGUGGACCUUCCAGACAAAGGCGUGGAGAAGAUAUUAUUAAACCUUUCAACGUUACUUUGGAAGAUCUUUAUAAUGGAAAAACUACCAAAGUUUCCUUACAGAGAGACAUUGUUUGCCCAUCAUGUCACGGAAAAGGUAGUAAGAGUGGUGCCACUAGAAAAUGCCCUAGUUGUGAAGGACGCGGAGUUAAGGUCGCCAUGCGACAAAUCGGUCCUGGCAUGAUUCAAAGGAUUAACACGGUUUGUCCUAGCUGCGAUGGUGAAGGAGAAGUAAUUAGGGAAAAAGAUAGAUGCAAAAAAUGUAAAGGUGUUAAGACCAUAGAAGAAAAAAAAAUAUUGGACAUUUUUAUUGAGAAAGGUAUGCAAAACAAUCAAAAAAUCAUUAUGCAAGGUGAAGCUGAUCAAGAGGUAUUAUACGAACUCAAACCCGGUGUUGAGACUGGUGAUGUAAUUCUUGUCCUCAAACUAGCACAACAUGAAAGAUUUGAGCGACAGGGUAAUGAUUUACUAACAGAAGUUAGUAUCUCAAUUACUGAGGCGCUUUGUGGGUUUUCAAAGGUUCUUGUAAAACACUUGGAUGGGCGUGGGUUGGUUAUAAAUCAUCCUGCUGGGGAAGUGAUAAAACCUGGUGCUGUAAAAUGCAUAGUAGGUGAGGGCAUGCCACAAUAUAAACGACCGUUCGACAAAGGUAACUUGUAUAUUAAGUUCACCAUAGAAUUUCCAACCGACAUGUGGAUUACUCCGGAUAAAAUCAAGCAAUUAGAAACGCUUUUACCAAGCAGAAAAGUAGAAGAAGUUUCACGUCCGGAUGUCAUUGACGAAGUGCACUUGACCGAAGGAGACUUUAGCGAGUAUGGUAACAAGAAAGCUAAAGUACAAGAACUAUACAAAAAUAGGUUUGGAAAACGGGCUACACAUCAAACGCUUGCAUCUGCAGGCUUCGAAAAGAGUUCAAGAAUCAGCGGAGAUGUGCUUGCUGAUGUUUUAAAAGAGUAUUUAAUGUUUUUAGGAAAAUCUGCUCAAGAAGCCGCAACGAAUGCUGGUAGGACUAAAGUUAAUACCACCGACGUCUUGGUAGCCUUUGAAGACCUUGGUAUAAACUUGGAGGAGUUGAGGGAAUGGUCAAAAACCGAAGGGAAAGUUCUUGGAGGUUAUGCUGGACGAAAGCCAACUAUCUUGAAAGACUUGUUAAAAAGUGGACUUUCAAGUGAGGCAGAAGAUAAUAAUUCACCGGUGGUUGAAGCGAAAGAAAAGGAUAAAAUUGAAAAGAACGGUCAAAGUUCAAGAAAAACGGAACAUUUAGGUCAAAGGAUUCAAAUAAAGGAACUGACACCAAAAAAAUUAGGGAGUAACGAAAUUGAGGACAAUAUGAAAGAAGUGGAAGAAGACAUGAUUAUAGAUAUUGAAGGAAUAAGUGAAAUAAAUACACCGUUACAGAAUCAUUCUAAAAAUAAUUAUAGUAAAGAUGAUGAUAAUGUGUCCUCGUCUAUUGACGAAAAUGAAUUAUCAGCUCUUUCUUCGGAUCAGACGACACCAAUAGACGAUGGGAAAGUUCCCAAUACAAACGGUGAAAUUACAAAAGAGCAUAUAGAAGAGUUAAAUCAUAAUGAAGGGUUAUCAAGUACAAAAAAGAGACCUUCUUAUAUUCCUGAUUGGCUUCCACCAUUUCCCGAGAUUAAAUCACAUGAAGAAGAACCUGUAAAAGAGGAUCAAAAGGUGGAAAUCAAAGAAAAAACAAAAGAGUCAAGUGAAUUGACAGAAUCAACGAUUUCAAUAGAGGGGGGAACACCAAAACCUAUCGAUAAUAUGAUAACCAGUCAAGAAAGCAUACCGGAAAUUCAAAGAUCGAUUAGUAAAUCUGCCGAUUCAUAUGUUAAAAAUAGGCACUCCAAACAAAAACUCAAACGUCCACUCGCAUAUGUUGUACUAGACGAAUUAUUUGAGAAGGCACUUACAAGCGAGUCUAUACCCGGAGAGUUAUCAUUUGAUGCUUCAAGGAAAAAGCGUAAAAUUGUAGAAUUCGAUAGUUUGCUUUCGUUUGAAGAUUCAUUGUUUAGCGAACCUGAAAUCCCCGCGAUGGAUGACAAAGAUGCAAAGGAUCUAAUGGAAUCUUAUGGUUAUCCAUUGCGACUUAAUGAAUCACCAAUACAACGGCAUAAGCAUGUUGAAAUAACAUCAAAAGGUAACAUAGAUG